AUGAAUCAGUUGAUAGAUAUUUCCUUUUCAGAAAAACCAAGGCAUUCUUUCGGAGCAACACAGCCUGUCUCAUCAUCAACUCCAAGAAACAUUAUUCAUCCCUCAAUACUCAAUUCCCAACCAUCAAUAUUAACAGACAUCUCUGACUCUUCUGAACUACUCAAUCCUCUGGUGACUCAAGUCCUUGAAGGAAUCGGAUCCUUGACCACGGAUCUUAAAUCAUUUUUCCAAUCGUUCAAAUCUGACGUCAAGCUACCAACUACCAGAAAGAAAAUUAUCCAUCAUCCUAAUGUGAAAACAUUUCUUCUUGUAUACAUAGUGAAAAUUUUAAGAAUAUUAGUGGCGACAUUACGGAAUAGGCACAUUAAGUCCCGUUUAUACCUGCUACAAUUGAGAUCAUCUAAUGAUUUCAUCGGAGACAUUGACUCCGUAGGCACUGCUAACGAGUCUGGCGGGUCAGAAGACCACGCAUUGGUAAGUCGUCUAGCGAGGUCAAUUGUUGAUGAUGUGAUGUCUAUGAAAUCCCAACUUCAGAAUUGCAUAGUGGUGCUAAACUCAGCAAGGUUGAGCCGGCAAAUAGAUUUGGAUGCCGUGGUGGCUCAACUUGUGACCAGUAAUAGUAAACCUCGGGACAUCAACUAUUAUUAUGGGAUGGCAACACAAGGACAAAGAGGCAAGGAAAGGUUAAGCAAGUGUUGUUUAGUAUGCGGGAACCCUGCUGGUGAAGUGGCCGAUAGUCAAAGCAGAUUGACUGUUAGUGGCAUGGGGAAUUUGGAUAAAUUAUUUGAUGAUGAUAUGGUUCGAGCCAAUGGCAGCAGUUAUCACAAAGAUUGCUUCAAUUUCAUGAAUUGGAGAAAGCCAGUGGCCAGCAUGGUUGAAUCAUUGAUACUAUUAUAA